AUGCCUCGUGACGGAAGCGGACACUCUGACAACGCCAUUGAGACCGGCCACGACAUCAUCCACGGCGCCGGCAAGGAGACCUCCUCGCACGUCGACCGCGCAGACAAGACCGCGCCCCUGCCCACUCAGGAGGGCGGCGCAGGUAUCCCCGGCAUGAACGCCGCAGCGGGAAGCAGCCAAGGCAUCAAGGAGGGAGACAAUGUCGGCCAGGGCGGUCGCGGUGACAAAUAG